AAUAUGAUUAGUUUUGAUUUUGUUUUGUAUAUUUUGGAUUAAAAAAUAGCAAGAAUUAAUCAAAUUCGAAAGAUGAUUAAAAGAAAACAGUUAUUUUAUUCAAUAUUUUUUAUUUAUGUUAAAAACAAAAAUAUAUUUUUGCUAAUACAAUGAACAAAUUAUGAAAUCUUUUCUUAUAUAUCAUAAGUUUAUUUUUGUGAUCAUUCUUCUGAUCUGUCGAUUCUCAAUAUACAUAUGUAUAUAUGCAAAUAUAGUACAAUAUGUACGCAUUAUAUAUACAGGUAACUCUUGCAUAAUACAGUAUUUUUACAAUGCAAUUUCGAUAUAAUGUUUUUGAAAUAUGAAUCCACUUUUUAUAUGUAAUCGAAAUCUCGCACAACGCAAUCAGAAAUCUAAAUCUCGCAUUAUACGAGAGUUAUCUAUAUAUAUAUGUAUAUAAAAUGUGUAUUUGUAUAUAUAUAUAUAUAUAUAUAUAAAUAAAUCUAUGAAUAUUGAGAUUACAUAAACGUGUCUUAAUAUGUAUGAAUGUUAAAAUAUAAAUGUAAAAAUAAAUAUUAUUUAAAUAAUAUUUAUAGUAAAAUCUUAUAAAAAAAUAUUAGUAAUAAAUUGUUAAUUUAUUUAAAUUAAUUUCCUUUUUUUUUUUAAAUAAUUAAUAUUUUAUGAAAAAAAUAUAAAAGUAAGCAUAAAUAAGUAUAAUACUAGUUAGUAAAUUAGGUAUGAAUUCAUAAAUGUAAAAUAUCAAUUUAAUAUCUUCACAAUAUAUUUUCCGAAAGAUUAUGUAUUUAUUUUUAAAAAUAUAAUUAUUUUUUAAAUAUGUUACAUUUAAAUAAAAUUAAUAUCAAUUAAAUAUUUCAUCUAGUAAAAGCAAUGCUAGAGGACAAAUCAAUAAGUAUUUGAAAGACAGUUUGUAGUUAUAGCUAUAUAGCCUGAGGAACUAGGACGUUUUAUUCGAAAUUUAAAGUCGAUCAAAGAGAAAAUUGCAGAUGAAUAUCAUAUGUGUUAUGUGGAAAUGAAAGAUUCGUCAAAACAAUUUUCAAACUAGCAAAGAUAUCUUGGAUCGAAAAAAUGUGUUAUGACAAUUGAAAAAGAAAAAAAAUAAAUAAAAAUGAAAAAGAACUAAUAACUGUUGACACAUCAAAAUAAUUCCAUAAAUUUGUAGAAAAUUCGAUACUUAUAUAAAAAUUAAACUUUCUCUAAAUCAUAAAAUCAUUAUGAUCUCUCAUCGCCGAAAUGUUUCGUAUUAAAAAAAGGAGAAGAGAAAAAAUACGAUUAAUCAAGAAAAAAAGACGAAGAAAUCAUAAUGUUUGCUGACCACAAUAUCACCUGCAGGGUCAGUUGUAGCUAGAGUGGGGAAUAGCGUGGAGGGUGGUAAAGAGUAUUCGUGCAGGCUGGUGGUUCGCUAGUUUCGUGGUAGCGAUAACCCCCGAUGCGCGUGUGCACCUAUAUAUUUCAAUGUGUUAGGUUUAGAUAGAUUCGCUUAUACAAGGAAAGAGAGCCUCAAAGCCGUUUUCCUCGGUCGUUCAAUACGCGCGCGCGCGAAACGAAUCGACUUCGUCCAUAGUAUCGUCACAGUUCUCGUCGGAGACGUUCGUGAUUUUGCACCCUUGUUCAAGUCACAAUUUACCGAACUAUAUGACGAGGGUACACCACUGUUUCCUUUCUUAUUUUCCUUCGUCUCUAUUUCUAUCUUCGUCUUUCCCUUUUUUUAACACUCUUUCUUUUAUUAAAUCUCUCGUUUUCUUUGCUACCUCGUUUCUCUUUACGUUAUUUUCACUUGUUAUAUUUAAAUACGUAUCAGUUUUUAUUCCGAUUCUAUUUCUCAUUUCUACUUUAAUAUGUGCCAAUUUAAUUGUCACCCCACUUUAUGCAUUGUUUUUUUCAUCUAAUUCUUUUUUUCUCCUUACCUCGUUCGUCGUCACGUCGUUACCAUCUCAUUCAAAUCUUAUUCGGAAUAUUGUUCAGAACUUGAUCUUCGAAUCUCCUUGGAUAAAGCAGAUGGUAAAUAUGACUCGCGAGUGUUACUGUACGUUACUAGAGUGACCAGUAAGCAACAGACUGAUUUUGCGUCAUUUCCUAUUGUUAUUCCUUCUUGUUAUUUGACAUUGUUUUCUAUCGCGAUGCGAUCAGUCACGGAAUCGUGUGUGAACGAUAUCCAGGAGACAACGCAGAGCAGACCGGAUUAGGGGUACAUCGAUCAUCAAGAGAUCAAAGAAAGAAAUCACGCAACGUCUCUUUCGAGUAUAUCUCUUUCUUUUUUUCUUUUUUUCCGUAUCUUCCGGUUUCCUUUUUUCUUAUUCAUUUGAUAUUUCCCUUCUCUUUCUUUUUAAUCAUUUCUUUCAUUUUCUUUCAUUUUCGAUUUCCUUCUCGACUUUUUUACCGCUUGGUGGUGAAACGCGUCGCAGCGGCACGAUCGUCAUCGACGAAAAAAGAAGAAUCUAUAUACUGUACCGCGACAUACAUUCGAGUUCGCGCUCAGUCAAUAGCAGCUGCAUCCUUUGAAAUUUCAAAAGAAUCACAAAUACAAGAAUAUCCACAAGCGUGAAACGCAUUGUGAUCGAAUAUCAAACGACCGGCGACCAAAUUACCGGAAAAAAAAACUGCCUUCCAUCUUAAUACGGGUUAUAUCAUCACGAUUUCAAGGAGAAACCAGCCAACAAAUCGUGAGGAGUAAACAAUAAAAGAAGGAAAAAAGAGGAAAGGGAACGAAGCAAGUUCUGUGUAGGAACCGCAACGAUGAAAGGUACAAAUUUCGGUGAACCGAGGAACCAAAGAUUCCAAUGAUACCUUCGCAAGGUGGUCGUGAGGGAUAUAAAGGUUCUCCCAACCCUCCGAGCAACGGCUCUGAGGACAAUGGCUUCGCUAAUCGACCUCGAGUGGCGGGCCUUUAUACGACGAAUCUCUUCAGACAAGAGCUCAUUCGAUCGUCAGAAGAGACUGGUGCUCGAUCUCAUGGUCCCGCGCGAGAUAUUCUUGAAAGAUCGCCACGAGAGAUUGGAAGCCAAAGAAGUUUAAAUUUUCCUACUGGUAUUGCCGAGGAAUUUGAGCUGUUGGAUCGGUCGAGAAUCGGGAUUUCGAGGACGCCUCAACCAUUAAGAAGGACUGAAGUGGCCGUUGGUCAUUACGAGCCGAGAUCUAGAUUCGACGAGUCGAUCAGGCGAGGGGAUCAUUAUGGAUCGUCUGUCGAGAGAAUCCGUGGGAGGGAACACGAGCAACAGGAAGGAUGCAUUGUACCCGAUACAAUUCGAAGAUCCCACGCUGAAUUUUCCGAACAGACAUUAUGGAUGGAGUCGGGUAUCGAUAAUUCUAAAAUACCUAUUUCAACUGACGAUUUUGCUGGUAGAAGGGGACAAGAUGAUAGUUCCACUUUCGCUUCAACUUCCGCCUCGAUACUCAUUUCACCUGCUAGCGAAACAAGCGAAUGCGAUGCGAUCUCGCCGCCGGAAGUGGAGAAGCCAUCACCGCCACCGUACACGGGUCUUAGUCCGCCUGAAUACACUGAGCACGUGUACGAAACUAGUGAAACACCUUCGCCGAUAUUUCCAAAUUAUCCAUUGACAUCGUACGCGGAGGAGACGCGUCACAGGCAUUCGAGAUCCUUCGUUUCGGAUGCCGAGCUUGAAUUUAUAGUACGCGAGGAACGUUUAAGAAGCAAGGAUCGGUUUGAAUCGGAACACUUGGAGAAAGGUUCGAGGCAAAUCGAAUCCGAGCAUCGAGAUUUUUCUAAAACGAUUAAAUCCACGGAUGAAGAUGCAUCGAGAUCGAGGGACGUAGCGAGGUUACGACCUCCUUUAACAGCAGUGGCGGGCGCUUCGGCCGAUUCUGGGACCGGUGAUUCCGGAAGUGCGGAGAUCCAGGUGGAUCCUCUUGGUACGCCUAGGACAACGGUCGCCGGCGAGAUUUUGGAUGGAGGGAACGGGAUUGAAAACGGUCAAGCUGCCAAUAAAUCGACGAUUAAAACUCCCACGAACAAUAAACAAACGGUUAAACUGUUCACGAAAGAAAGUCUCGACAGAUUGGAGAAUAGAACUGUGCAACUUGUCAGGGAUUAUGGAUUUCAACCGAAGAAACGGAUGUCGGUCGAAGAUGGUGCGGUGCUUCCAAAUAAAUAUGAACCUUUCCCAACCGAUCUUUACGGCAGGCCUCUCGAAGAAAUCGACAAUUUUAUUUACGACGAGACAUUUUGCGUAGUAUCGAAGAGAUUUCGUAAAAAUUACAUCCACAGAUUUACGGCGACGAACAGUUGGUUCAUAUUUUCUCCAUGGAAUCCUAUAAGACGAUAUUGUAUUUACUUAAGCACGAAUCAGUACUUCGAUUAUGUAGUCAUGGCUACGAUAAUAUUAAAUUGUGCCUUCCUCGCCAUGACAGAAACUAUCGAGGAAGCCGAAUAUAUAUUCUUAGCUAUAUACACGGCUGAAAUGGUGAUCAAGUCGAUAGCUAAGGGAUUUGUGCUCAAUAAAUAUACUUAUCUGCGAAAUCCGUGGAACUGGUUGGAUUUCGUAGUGAUCACUAGUGGCUAUGCGACUAUAGGGAUGGAAGUAGGAAAUUUAGCUGGAUUAAGAACAUUUCGAGUAUUGAGAGCUCUUAAAACCGUUUCAAUUAUGCCUGGCUUAAAAACCAUCAUAAAUGCAUUGUUACAUAGUUUUAAGCAACUUGCCGAAGUAAUGACGCUCACGAUCUUUUGUCUGAUGGUUUUUGCACUUUUUGCUCUACAAGUUUAUAUGGGUGAACUUCGAAAUAAAUGUGUUAAAAAUUUGGAAUUCAAUGAUACACAAGUCGAUUGGAAAGAGUGGACUUGGAACUCAUCCAACUGGGCAUUCGAUGAAGAUGAAGAACCAAUAAUUUGCGGUAACGCGACUGGCGCUAGACAUUGCAACGAAAGUUACAUUUGCCUUUGCGUUGGCCCAAAUCCAAAUCAUGGUUAUACAAAUUUUGACAAUUUUCUGUGGUCAAUGCUCACCACGUUUCAAUUGAUUACUUUGGAUUAUUGGGAAGAUGUCUACAAUAAGGUAUUGUCGGCGUGCGGACCUAUCAGCGUCUCGUUCUUCACGGUGGUCGUGUUUUUUGGAUCAUUUUAUUUGAUCAACUUGAUGCUCGCUGUCGUUGCAUUAAGUUACGAGGAAGAAGCAGAAAUUACAAACGAGGAACGAAGGAAGGAUUUAACCGACCAUCGCGAGGACUCGACGUUUAGUUUCGACCCGACAAAAAUCAAUGUGAAGACGCUUGCCAAAGAAAAGCAAAAAAAAUUGGAUGCAAGAAAAGGGGUUCUCUUAAGUAGUUACACGCGUAAGAAGACGCGAAGAAGAAGACGUGGGAGAAGCACUGCCGGUUCCACUUCAUCUGGUCAAGAUAAAGGUGGCUCUGUGCCAAGCAGGUCGGUGACACCGAGCCCGAAUCCAAGUCCAAGACACUCAAACGUUCGACCGUCUCACUUACUUCUACAAAAUAUCAGUCCGCGAACAGCUGAGAAUAAUGGAGUUCAUAGAUUGGCGCCAAAUCGUGGUAUGCUUCAUUCUCGACAAGCAAGUAACAACAGUAAUCAACAAUCGUCGUUAGAUGAUUCCGGGGUUGUCGACGAUCAUGAUGCCGAUGAUGUGACAUCUGUGGAAGAGCAUGACAGACGCGAUAACAAAGAAUGUAGAGGCAACUGGCAAGAGAGGAUAUCUACCAAUAAUAAGAAUGGCGAUGCCAAUGGUGAAACAAAUCCGGAUCAAACGAAAAAUGGAAUGAACAAUGAGACGGAAGUGAACGAUACUGAACGAGAAGAAUUGGAGGCAACCCAUUCCGGUGGUUAUCUUCGAACAUCUGCAAAUGUUCCAGUCUCUCUUGCUGGCGGAUCCACUCGAGAAUUUCGAGUGUUUAAGUGCAAUGGUGUGAAAACAAAAAAACAAAUGUACACUUUGCCGCCAGAGUAUUUAUCGCACAUUGUUAUUUUAGAUGACCUACCGGAUAGAAAUUGUGAAAAAUGCAUCCAAUGCUGCGUAGAUUACGAGGGUUGGCUACGAUUUCAGAAUUGUUUAUACAAGGUAGUGAGAGAUCCACUAUUCGAGUUGACGAUCACACUGUGCAUCGUCCUCAAUACCGGUUUUUUGGCAAUGGAACAUCAUGGAAUGAGCGAAUCGAUACGACAGGCGCUCAACAUCGGUAAUAAAGUAUUUACCAGUAUCUUCACCUUCGAAUGCUUGCUGAAGCUGUUGGCGCUGAGUAAAGAUUUCUUCGCCAACGGAUGGAACAAUUUCGAUUUGAUAAUAGUGUCAGCGUCUCUGAUAGAUCUUACCUUCGAGCUGGUAGACGGUCUCUCCGUGAUACGCGGACUGAGGCUUCUGCGUGUGUUAAAAUUGGCACAAUCCUGGACAACGAUGAAAGUUCUCCUCAGCAUUAUUAUCUCGACGAUCGGCGCUCUUGGAAAUCUCACCUUAGUUCUGGUAAUCGUGAUUUACAUAUUCGCCGUCAUCGGCAUGCAAUUAUUCAGUAAAGAUUACACAUUGGACAAAUUCUAUCCGGAUCCUGUACCACGUUGGAACUUUAACGAUUUCUUUCAUUCGUUUAUGAUGAUAUUUCGUAUACUUUGCGGAGAAUGGAUCGAGCCAUUAUGGGAUUGUAUGAGAGCGGAACAAGAAGACGGACCCGAGGCAUGCUUCGCUAUAUUUUUACCGGCUCUUGUCAUGGGUAAUUUUAUGGUGUUGAAUCUCUUCCUUGCUUUACUGCUCAACAGCUUUAAUUCGGAAGAAUUGAAGCAGAAAAAGGAAGAAGUCGGCGAAGAUUCAAAACUCGCAAGGUCGUUCGAUCGUAUUCGUUCGAUUAUAAGGAAAAAUAAAUGUUCUCGGAUGGGCCAAAUUGUCGCAAAAGGAAGAGGAAAAGAUCCUCGUUUCGAAAAGAUUGUGCGACGAGUUAUGGAUCGAUCCGACAACGAGACUAAAUAUGCUAUUCAAGAGACUGUGCUCAACCUUCCAAAGGAUAACGUUUACAAUAGAUCUUAUCAAGAAAGUUUAAAUCAACCAGUUUUUACUUACGAUCCGGUUUACUCUCAGUCUCAGAUGGAAGGGCAAAGAUACGAACAGUGGGAAAAGGAUGAUGAAGAAAAGGACGAAGCAACGUACGACGAAAAGAAUUACUCGAGUAAAGAAAAAGAGAUGGAAAUGAGCGAAAGUAAGGAAGAGGAAUGUCAAGAUCUGGAAGUCGUGAGAGAUUCCUCGUGUUCGAACAAAGCACCCGUGGAAGAAAGAGUCGCGAUGCUACCUCAAAAAGAUCCAUUUCCUAGACACGAGGAUCGAAUACCUAAGCGACCUUGGCACGCGCUCGUCAGUUAUGUCGAUGAACUGACUGUUGGUGGUAGAAGAGAUAGCAAGGGGAAAUAUAUCGAUGGGAUAGGUUCUUUCCCUGGAUUUGAAAGGAGUAAUCGGCGUAAAGAACCGCAAGAUUGCUUUCCACGACAGUGUUAUCAGAAGUGUACCUGCAUCGAUCGGUGUAUUGCAACAGCUAUUGGCAAAAAAUGGAUCAAACUACGAACAAUGAUUCUAUCGGUCGUUGAUACGCCUAGCUUCGAAUGGAUGAUCCUAGUUUUAAUUUUUGCAUCUUCCAUAACGCUUUGUUUUGAAGAUAUUUAUCUAGAUGAUAAUCCUUUUUUGAAGAAAAUCCUCUAUUGGACCAAUCUUGGCUUCUGUGCGCUUUUCAGUAUUGAGAUGUUACUCAAGUGGUUAGCUCUGGGUUUCUGCAAAUAUUUCACCAGUUUUUGGACAAUCUUGGAUUUUAUAAUUGUCUUUGUAUCAACAUUUAGUCUGUUGAUAGAAGAAAACGAAAAUUUGAAAGUGCUAAGAUCUUUAAGAACUUUGAGAGCACUAAGACCCUUAAGAGCAAUAUCGAGAUGGCAAGGCAUGAGGAUCGUAGUGAACGCGUUGAUGUAUGCGAUACCUAGUAUAUUCAACGUGCUCCUCGUCUGUCUCGUGUUCUGGCUGAUAUUUUCUAUAAUGGGUGUACAAUUUUUUGGUGGCAAAUUUUUCAAAUGCGUUGAUGAGUACGGCGAAUUAUUAGAUAUAUCGAUUGUAAACACGAAAAACGAUUGUUUGAGAAAAAAUUACUCUUGGGAAAAUAGUAAAAUCACGUUUGAUCACGUGGGAAUAGCAUAUCUAGCUUUGUUCCAAGUAGCCACUUUCGAAGGGUGGAUGGAGGUGAUGCAGGAUGCGGUAGAUGCAAGAGGUGUAGAUCUUCAACCUCAAAGAGAAGCAAACAUCUACGCAUAUUUCUACUUUGUGAUAUUUAUUGUUUGCGGCUCUUUUUUUACAUUAAAUCUCUUUAUCGGAGUAAUUAUAGACAACUUUAAUAUGUUAAAGAAAAAGUACGAAGGUGGAGUGCUAGAAAUGUUUUUGACCGAAAGUCAAAAACACUACUACACUGCCAUGAAAAAACUUGGCCGUAAAAAGCCGCAAAAAGUGAUAAAGCGUCCGAUGAAUCAAAUCCUCGCAAUGUUUUAUGAUCUAUCGAAUUCACGCAGAUUUGAAAUAGCAAUUUUUAUUUUGAUAUUUCUCAACAUGCUGACAAUGGGAAUCGAGCAUUACGAUCAACCUCAUCCAAUUUUCUUCGUUCUUGAAGUGUCGAACGCAUUUUUCACAACCGUUUUUGGCUUAGAAGCAAUCGUGAAAAUAAUAGGACUUCGAUAUCAUUAUUUCACGGUGCCAUGGAACUUGUUCGAUUUCCUCCUUGUGCUGGCUUCAAUAUUAGGAAUAUUAAUGGAGGAUAUUAUGGUAGACUUUCCGGUGUCCCCGACGCUCCUGCGAGUCGUGAGAGUGUUCAGAAUUGGUAGAAUCUUAAGACUCAUAAAAGCAGCAAAAGGUAUUCGCAAACUGCUCUUCGCUCUGGUGGUUAGUCUUCCAGCGCUGUUCAACAUCGGUGCCCUGUUAGCUCUAAUUACUUUUAUUUAUGCCAUUAUUGGCAUGUCAGUAUUUGGUCACGUUAAGAAACAAGGUGCGCUUGACGAUAUGGUAAAUUUUGAAACUUUUGGUAGAAGCAUGCAAUUACUGUUUCGAUUAAUGACCUCAGCUGGUUGGAACGACGUGUUAGAAUCAUUGAUGGUACAACCACCAAAUUGCGAUCCGACUCCAACUAAUCGGCAAUUGAAUGGAAAUUGCGGAUAUCCUCUAUUGGCAAUAACUUAUUUUACUUCUUUCAUCAUAAUCAGCUAUAUGAUCGUUAUCAAUAUGUACAUUGCUAUUAUUCUCGAGAAUUUUAAUCAGGCCCAUCAAGAAGAAGAAAUCGGUAUUGUCGAAGACGAUCUAGAAAUGUUUUACAUUCGAUGGUCCAAAUAUGAUCCACACGCGACACAGUUCAUAAAUUUUUCGCAAUUAAGCGAUUUCAUAGCAAGCCUGGAUCCACCAUUAGGAAUUUCGAAGCCCAAUAUGGUUGCACUAGUUAGUUUUAAUUUACCUAUCGCAAAGGGUAAUAAGAUUCAUUGUCUGGACAUUCUGCACGCACUUGUCAAGCACGUCCUUGGACACGUAGAAGAGUCUGAAGAUUUUCGAAAGCUGCAGGAACAAAUGGAUAUUAAAUUUAAGAAACAAUUUCCCACUCGUAAAGAAUUAGAAAUUGUUUCUUCAACGAGAAUGUGGAAACGUCAAGACAAAGCAGCUAGAUUGAUUCAACGUACCAUAAGGGAAUAUAUAACGGCGAAAAAGGAACGUGAAAGGAUGGCUCAAGAAGUGGAUUCUCAGACUCAGACGUCGAGUCCUGGUGGUGGGAAUGAGGGUAGGGGCGGGGGUGGAUGGAGUGGCAAAGUAUCGGCUUUUCUACAUGUACAUAGAGGUAGCCGAGCCAGUAGUCGCAAGUCCUCGAGGGCCAGCGACGCCAGCGAUUUCAGCGAGCUCGGUACAGCUUCGGCAUGGCUUUUUCCAAAUUUACCUCUGCUGUUGCUCUCCGGCGCCACCGGUACUCACGAGGACUUGCCUCCUCCCGCUCUGACCGUAUCCCGUCCCUCGCCGACUACAGAACAACAAAUAUUUACCGGUUCCUCUGUUGUUUCUUCCUCUGAUCUACACACUAGAUCAAUCGGGGGUCCAACUCUCGGCCGACAAAAUGCCGUUGAAAGUUAUCCCGAUGAGGAAGUCCCCAGUCUUCCUACGAAGCGCAAAUCACUUCCGCCAAGCGCUACAACACUCUCUCUGAACACCUUACAUCGUGAUAUCAAAGAAGCAUUUAGCAGACGUUGCGGUAGCCUUCGAAAGAAACAUCAACCAGCUCCUGAACCAGCUCCGCUGCCAAUCGAAUCUACCGAUGUAAGCAUACUUGUUACGGAACCCAGUCCAGAGAAUUCAGCACCGCCUUCAAGACCGGCAUUACUUAGACAACAAUCCGCCGCUACGGUCGUUCAUGUCCUCGUACACAGGGAGAGUGAAGAAUAUCGAGAUGUACAACCUGAUAAUGCCAGUUGAUCUUAGAUCAUUAUGCUCGACAUCCUUCCUAAAACAGUUUAAUGAAAGGCUUAUUUGUUAUCGUGUUACUAUCACUUCGAAAUUUGAAUUUAAUCAAUUCCCUCUCCUCUCCCCCUUUCUUUGAUGCUGUUGCCUUAUCAUCAUUAUCAUCAUUUAUAAUCUUUUUAUUAUUUCAUUAAUAAUAUAUCUCAAUUAAAUUAUUUAUCGAUUAUUUGUUGAAACUAAACUAUUUAUUCUUAUAUUUAGAUUUUACAAUAUAUUUUUUAUUUAUAAGGAAAUUUUUUUACUAUACUUUUCAUCCUAAUAAAUAACAAUAGUCUACUUAUAUAUAAUAUCUAAUCAAUUUAUUGCAACGAGCUUAAAUUUUUUUCUUCUGCAAUAAAAAUCCAUAGAUGAAUAAUAUAAUAUAGUUCAGGUAAUUUAAUUGACUUAAUAUUACUCUAAACUCGCAUUCUUCUACCAUGAUUAAGGGUAAUUGGACCAAUUUAGUGAAAUAUAUUUAAAUUCCGAUCCCUUAUUCAAAUUAAAUCAUUAAUACAAUCUACUCGUUAUAAAAAGAAAUGAAUAAUAAUUACAUGAAAAAACAAAUAAUACUGCCUUAAAUAGCAUAGAUUUUUAAUUUAUAAUUAUUUUAAAGAAAGAAAUAAAAAGGACAAAAAGAGAGGGAAAGAGAAGAUGGAAAAAGGAAUAUGUACAUUUUUUAAAGAGAUUAUAUAGUAAUCAAGUAGUUGUUUUUCUUUAUACUUUUAAAGAAACGUAGAUUAUUAGUACCGCUAUUAAUUUUAUAUAAUAAACAGAUAUCAUAAACAAUAGAACGUAAACGUAUAUGAUGUUUGUCUCAUUUAAAAUUAUUAAAAUUACACAUUCCUAAUAAGAAUACAUACUUAUCUAUUUACUAUUUAUGUACGAUAAAUGAAAUUCAUCCUGCAUUUAUUAGAAGAAAAUGCUUUCUUUUCUGGACAUAAUUAAAUAUCAAAAUAAUGAAUUAUACAUUGAAUAUGCUAAUAGAUAAUAAUUGGUCAAUAUUUAUAUUUCGUUUAUAUACAUAUAUAUGUAUUAUUCAUAUAUAUUAAUUAACUUUGACUAUGAUAAUAUUUUAAACUCUUUAAUUAUAAUAAAAAUAUAUCUUUUCUUUUUAUAUUAUAAUCAAAGAACAAAUUGAACACAAACAAAAUAUUUUAAUUAAUCAUAAUCUCAAUACAAUUUUAUGAUGUGGUUUAUGCAUUAACAUACGGAAUAUCUAAAAUUAUUGAUCAAUAAUUAACAAAAUAAUAAAAUUUAUCAAAAACUUCCAUAUUAAUAUAAAAUGAACAAUGUCCAGAAAAAAGUUUUAUCCCUUAUUAUAAUACAUAUUUUAAAAAUAGAACGCAAUUAAUUUAUUGCAUUAUAAUUACGUAUUAAUUAAUGUUAAAAAAAGAAAAUUUCCAUUUUAAAAUUAGUAUUAGUUUUUAAAUUGGUAUAAUUACAUUUCUAUCCAUAUUGUAUCUAAUAUAAUAGAAAGAUGAAUCAAAUGAAGUUAACCAAUAUAUAUCGAAUAUAAAAAAAAACAAUGUUAUAGAUUUCUUUGUUCAUUUAUUUUUCAUUUCAUUCGAUUCAUCAAAAAUAUAUAUAUAAUAUGAAAGAACAUUUGUACAUUUCAAACAAUUUUAUACUUAUCUUCGAAGAAAAAUCUUAAAUUCAAUAGUUAAUAAAUUAAUAAUAUAAAUGAAAACAAAAAAAAUUUUUAUAUAUUUAAAAUAAUAAUGUACUGUUUUCAUAAUUUUAUUGGAUUCUAUUAUAAAAUUUAUUAAUAAAGUACAAAUCAUUUUCUUUCUAAUAUAUAAAAUUAAAAAAUAAAUGAUAAUAAAUAUAUGAAAAUCAUAUUUUCAAAAAAUUAUGUAAAUUGUUAUUCAAUUGUUGAUUUUGCAAUUAUUGACGAUUAUAGUAUAUUUAUAAUUAUAUAUUAAAUCAAAAUAAUUUUUUAUUUAUUUUUUUAUUAAAAAAAAUCUUCGGUGAUAAGUAUUAUAAAUACAUAUAUAUAUGUGUAUAUAGAGUUCUAAUAUAUUCAUGGAAAAUUUUUGGAAAAUCUAAAAGAAAUUUUAGACACAACAAUACUUAUAUAAGAAAGAUCAAAGUAAACAAUUCUUAUAUAAAAAUGUCGUAAAUUUCAAUUGCUUAAUAAAUAAGCUUCAAUUGAUAUUUUUGUUUACUAAUUUUUGUAUUUGUUUUGAUCUUUCGAAUCAAUCUAUUAAAGAUAUUCCAUAAAUAUAUUAACAACAUAUAUUAUAUAUAUAAUGCACAUAUAAAAUACAUAUAAAAUUAAUGUGAUUAUUUUCCAUUUUAUUUUUUUUUUUUGUUUUAUACAAAAUUUAUAUGUAAAAAUAUAAAAAAGCUACGUAUCAUAAAACAUUUAUAUAACAUGAAACUAAUUAUGAAAGAAUUAAAAGAUAUUUAAUAACAAAAAGAGGUAGAGAGGUAGGAAAAAGUGAAAAGAAGAAAAAGAGAAAAGACAGAAAAAAAAAUUUAAGUAGAGAAAGGAACAACGAAUUUUGUAGUAAUUAGUUAAAUUUUUGCUAUAAUCUUAUUACCAAUCAUUUUUAAUUGUUAUAUCAAUAUGCAAUUAAUUAUAAUACCUUUUUUGUCGAUCGUAAUAAGUUUGAGAUAUGUUAUAAAAAACAACAUUUUAAACAACUUUUAUCUUUACGUAUAAUCGAUAUUGGCUUUAAUAUUAGAGUUAUUUGCAAAGAAUAGAAUUUUAUUAAAUUCUGCCUAUACAUAAAUGUGUCCAUAAAAACAUAUGCAAUUGCUAUUUAUCAAUUAUUUAUACAUAUACAUAUAAAUAUGUGAGAAUAUAAUGGAUAAUAUUACAUAAUAUAACGGAUAAACUUAUCGAAAAACUAUUUCUUUAUAAAUUUAUGAAUAAACUUUUUAAAAUUUUUUUUAAAGCUGACUUAUAUGAGAUUGAUAUCAUUAUUCAUUGUAACUUUAGUUAUUGUAAUUUCCAUCAAAUUGUUUAUAUUUUAUUUUUAUAUUUAUUUAUUUUGAAUUCAUAAAAUGUUCAAAAUUAUAGAUAAAAUUAUAUAUUAUAAUAAUAUUUAUUGUAAUAAUAAGUAUAAUGAUAUUUGUUAUAAAUAUUGCUUAUCAGUCUAUUCGUAUACAUAUAAACAAUAUUAAUAAAUGGUAGUCGCAUAUCUAUUUUACACAUAAUUAAGCCGAUGAUUGGAAUUUUGGAGUUAGUAAAAUACUUUUAGUACUAUACUAUUGAAUUAUGCUUAUAUAUAUGCAUUUGUGAGAACGUAUAGUUAUUAAAAAUAAUAAAUUAUCUUAUACAUAUCUCAAAAUCAUUAAAAUCGAUAAAUAGGGAAUUUUUUAGUAACAGGUUCACUUUUAUUAAUUUAAUAUUUCAAUCCUUGAAAGAAAAAAAUACAGAAUUUAUUAAUUCAAAUAAUAGAUUUUCACAUUGAUGUUUUUCCUUUUCACGGAUAAACGUUAUCAUUAAUAUGACCUCUCGUCGACCUAUAGUGCCUAUUGUUAGAAAAUGAUUGCGAGUUAAUAUAUAUGUAUACAAAAGUAUAAACAUGUAUAUUAGAUUUUCAUAUUAAAAAUAAUACAAACAUUGGUACAUAAAUAUGAGUUAAAUCUUCACUUAACUCUCUUGUUAGAACGUACAAUGUACGUUACUUUUAGAGUUUAGCAUUUAAUGCUUAAUGCUUGAUAAAUCUGUUUUUCGCGUAUCGACUAUAAGAUAUAACUUAAGGAUCAUGAAGAAACGAAGUCGAUGAAUAAAUUAAAUAAAAAAAUAAAAAGAUAUAAAACUGAAAUAUUUCAAGAUAAUUUAAUUCUGAAAUGUGAUCUUUGCAAAAAAGACACGCAUUGUAAAGCUAUGUAUCAUGUCAAUUAAAGGCAUAAAUAUGUAUGUUAUUCAUGAUUAGCGUGUACACGCACGAUACGUCUAAGUAUAACGUACAAUAUUAUACAUAUACCAAAAAAUAAGAGACUGGACAUACAUGCGAUUAUUCCAAAACUAAUGGAUGAUAAAAUUCCAAAAAUUGUACAAUCACAUUCGGAUAUCCUUUAGGAAUCUGAAAUUAUUUAGAUUAUAUAACUUUUCUGCGCAUUUUUCUGCGUAUUGCGUGCUGCGUGUGUGCCUGUGAACAAAAUUCGAUAAAAAUAACACCUGCUCAAACUUACAUAUUUAAAUACACCAUCAGCAUAUGCACAAACAUAAUUAUAAAUUAUUAUUGCAACUAUCAGCUUUUACUUUUUACGCUGAAACGUAAAAAUUCAUUCAUCGUUCGUUCCAAUUAAUUUGACAUUCUCACAUUUUUUAUAAAAAAGAAAAAACGUAUCAGUGACAAUAUUGUUCACACAAUAAUGAAAUUAGAAAUGAAUUUUCGGGUGAAAAGAAAAAAGCGUAUAGUUCUGAAAAAUCUGUUAAGAAAUAAUAUUAAAGAUACCCAUUAAUACAGGGUUAAUGACAAUCGAGAUCAUGAAAAAAAUUGCUUUUUUCUCUUCUUCCACAUUUUGAGUAAUUUACUUUCAGAAAACUUAGUAUAACUAUUUCAAGAUAAUUAAUAUUAUUUAUUCUUAAUAUUAUUCUAUUGUUAAUGAAUAAUAAUUUCAAUUUAUUACAAAAUUGUCACGCUGUUAAAAGUUCAUUAUAGAUGAAAAGAUAAAUUUCGUGUUCUAACAGUGAUAGUGAUAAAAAUAUGAAAAAUAUAAAGGAAAAUGAAGUAAGCAAACAGACAGAGCAGAAAAUACUGUACUAGUAUUGAAAUGAUUCGUCAGAAACAAAAAGAUUAAAAUAAAGAACAGUAAAAUGUUCCUUUAAGUCAAACUUGUAAAUAGUAUAUAAUAAUCCUUAUUAGUUUGCAAAUAUGACUGUUUUGUCAUAUAAAUUUAUAAACAAAGACUCGAGCAUUGUUCUUCCAUAGAUAUUAAUUUAAUUAAACUUUAUGUAAACUUCUAUUUUCUUAUUUGUUUCAUAAAUUCCUUAGCAAUGUUAUAAUAUAAUAAUGUUUCAAUUUGAUAUAUUUUUAUCAAUUUUAGCAUAUUUUAAAUCAUAUUUUUACAAUUAAAUCUUGUUUUUUUGUGAAUUUUUAUAUAUAUAUAUUUUAUAUAUAUAUAUAUAUUUAAAAAUUAUAUAUAAAAAUAUAUAUAUAUGUACAUAUACUUGUACAAAUAUUCUUUUUCUUUAUAAUAUUAAUUAUACAAUGCUUGAUAUAGUUUAUAAGCUAAUACGAGCAAGCAAAUAUUAAAUCUUGACACAGUCUAAUUAAAUCUGAUAUUAUAAUAAAUUGCUAAUAAUAUUAAUAAGCAAGAAAUGAAUAAUAAGAAUGUUAAUCAUGUAUGAAUGAUAUAUAUAUAUAACUAUUACUAAAAAAUAAAUUGUGGAAUUUAUCAUUGAAAUUUAUUCAAGUAUAUAAUAUUACUUUUGUAUUAAUUUAAAAAAUUUUAUUUCUAAUUUAAAAUAUUACACAUAAAUAUUUAAAUAUAUAGAUUAGAACUACAUUUAAAACUAUUUAAUCUCUUUAAUAAAUUAAUUCUUUAUUUAGUUGAAACUCUGGUACGUUUGUUCCAUGAAAAAUUAGUACCAUAGCUACGAGGCUUAGGAUUAUUAAUAUUUGGAUUUUGAAUAUAAUAUUUCCAUCUCAUUUUAUUACAAUGUGCAAUAGCUUCUUCCUUUGUAGCAAAUGCCACAUGAAGAUUAGACAAAGGAUCUCCACUAUGAAAUAAAAUAUAAUAUUAAUUAAAGUUUAACAAAUAAAAUUUAAUAUUACUUACGUUGAAGUCCAUCCCAUAAGAGGAUUUUCCCAACGUUCACGUGUAUCAAAAUCUAUUUGCCAAUGAUUUAUAUUAUUUGUUCCAGACUGCAUAGCAUUUUUCGCAGGACAAUAAAUACGAACUGUACGAGGCUUUAUAUGUUCUUCUGGAACUCCUGAACAAAUACCAACAUCUUCAGCAUCUGAUACAAUAAUUACAGCUUCCUUUCUAGCUUCUCGAGCUAAUUUUUCUUCUUUAGAUACCAAAUCAGUUUUGAUUUUUCUUACUAUUAUUUCACUAUCUUGUUCAGUUUCUUUAUCCAUAUUUGCGAAAAAUCUUUUUGUUAAUCUAUAAUAAUUAUAUUUUUUUAAUUAUAUAUAAUUAAUUAUUUAUAAAUAUAAAAUUAUAUCAUAUAUAAUGAAUUUUUUUUCAAAUAUAUAUAUGAAAAUAAAAUAACCAACCCAUAUCUCGUAAAAGUACGAUUUAAAUAUAAUAACGAUAACACACGUAAUGCCAUUUUGUAUUAUAAAAAAAUUAAAAUGAUAUAUAUAAUAUUGUUACAUCAAUUUUACUAAAUAACUCUGAGAAUUAAGAUAGAUUUUGCGCAUGUAAUAUCUAUAUACAGAAUAAGUUAAUAUAUAAUUGAAUAUAAUAUAAUAUUUAUACAAUAAAUAAUUAUGUUUAUAAAAAAAAA